AACACACCAAUAUACCAACACAAACAAAGCGCGUGUAGACAAUUUUUUUUUCAACGUUCAUAAUUUGCGUGGAAUUUGGGAGCUGCAAACAAAACUGCAAAUAUUGUAAAGAAUUAUUUAAUAAAAUUCUGAAAGAGAAUUGGCAAAAAACAAUUGUAUUUUGUUGUUGUGAUGUGUGUGCAUGGUUAAUAUUGUAGUUUGUGUACUUGAUUCUGUGUGCUGUGUGCAAGUGCAAGAACAAAAACAAGAAUAAGAUAAAGAAGAAGACAAAGAGUGAGCAGCAACAGCGGUGAGAAAGAGGAGUUAAGAGUAUAAAAAGGUGUAAAACGCAUUGACGAAAAUAGUAGUACGUGUGGGUGUGUGUGUUUAUAGGGCAAAACUAACAACAACAAAAAAAAAAAAAAAUAGAAAAAAAACAAGAUGUCCAGUUUGCCACGUCGCAUUAUUAAGGAGACGCAACGUUUGAUGCAGGAACCGGUGCCCGGAAUAAAUGCGAUUCCAGAUGAAAAUAAUGCUAGAUAUUUUCAUGUGAUUGUCACCGGUCCGAAUGAUUCGCCCUUUGAGGGGGGUGUAUUUAAGCUGGAACUCUUUCUGCCCGAGGAUUAUCCAAUGUCAGCGCCCAAAGUGCGUUUCAUCACAAAGAUCUAUCAUCCGAAUAUCGAUCGCUUGGGUCGAAUUUGCCUCGAUGUGCUCAAGGAUAAAUGGAGUCCUGCUUUGCAAAUACGUACCAUCUUAUUAUCCAUCCAGGCGCUAUUGAGUGCCCCCAAUCCCGAUGAUCCAUUGGCCAAUGAUGUUGCCGAAUUGUGGAAGGUCAACGAGGCGGAAGCCAUACGUAAUGCCCGUGAAUGGACCCAAAAAUAUGCGGUCGAAGACUGAAGUGUUCAAUCGUUGGGGGAGUUAAAAAAAAAUGUAUCACGGAUUGAAAACUGGUGUGAUUAGGGAUGGGUACAGGGCGGGGCAGGGGUUACUCUACAGCAGAAACGAUAUGAAGGUGAAUCAACAAAACGAAAUUUAUUUCAAAUAUAUAUUUCUUUUCCUUUUUUUUUUUUUUGAUGUCUUGGGCGGGUUUUCUCUAUGAUAAUAAAGAUGAAGUUGAUUAUGAUAUAAGAUUAAUAAUGAUG